AUGUUAUUCCCUGUGGAUUUGUUGACCAGCUGCAGUCAUGAGGACUUGGAGAGCUCAGCAGGGGACUACUUAUCUCGCCUUCGGCGUGGGAGUCCAAACCAUCCCGAAUUCUUGUCUCUGUCAGAGAACAACAAAGUUCCUAUUAGCUUGUCAACUGUGGGCUUCAUUCCUCUUUACGGUGAAGAGCAGACGCGCAAAGUUCUUGCUUUGUUUGCACCAGGGGACUUACUCACAGCUGUAGCCCUGUAUCUUGCUGACCAGUGGUGGUCAAUUGAUGACAUUUUGAGAACAUCUGUCCCUUCUAGACAGGGGCUUCGUCAGGUGGAGACUGUUGGAGAGAGGAUUGUUCUCUAUGUUCUGAAUCGAAUUAUCUAUCGGACGCAAGAAAUGGCAAGACAUGAGGUCCCAUUUCUCUGUCAUGGUAGCAAUGACUAUGCUAAGAUCAUGUGGAAAAAUGGAGAGGCUAUUGGAUUCUAUUCUGUUAAACCUACAGGUAAAACACUUGAUCCAUCUAGCUUUUCUCGUCAGAAUUAUAAGCUGCCAGUGCUCGACACAAUGUUUGUAAGAAAGAAACAUCAUGGGAAAGACUCUGGACUAAUCAUGUUGGAAGACUUUGUGAAGUCCUUUGAUGAAUGUUCUCUUGGCCUAAGAUACCCGCUGUCAUCCUUAAUGUACACAGCUUGUAAGCAGUAUCUUGAGAAGCAUCCUGGGGAUCACAAGAUGUUGUGGGAAGUGGAGGGAGCAGGGUUUUGGUUCCAGAGAACAUCCGUUAUCUCUAUAUUGCAAAAGGAAAAUGUUGAAACUGCAGCAGAGGCCUCACAGGACAAUAUGAGUUUGCAAGCAGAGUGUCAUCUUCAGCAGUCUGCAGCAGUAUCUGAAGCAAGUGGACAGGAGACUGGGCUAGAAACACAGACUGACACUCAAAAAGGUGAAGAAUCAAUGGAUGUCCAAGCAAGCACAUCUAAAGACCCUAACGUAACCCUGCCCUUUGCCAUUUGGACACGAAGCAGUCUUUUAAAACGUCCCCGGAUAGGAAAAAGUAGCCGGAAAUCUGAACCUGAAACUUCCCCAAGAGAUGAGGAAAACACUCUUCGUGUGUCAGAAAGCAGGCUGGAACCUCCUGCCCACACAUCUGGAAGCUCUGGAAACUUAGAAGUAUCUGAAGAGAAUACUGUUGAGAAGGAUGAGGAAACAAGUGUUGAAAAUGAGGGCCUGUCUGUAUCAGAAGCAGAAGUACAUGGAUCACCCCCUGAGAAACUGAGUGAGGAGGAGGAAACUCCAUCAGAACCUCUUAAUGGUGAGGUAACAGAAGAAACUGGUAGGACCUCACUUAUGGCUGAAGAGGAAACAGCAGAUGAAGUUCUAAGUGGUGAAUCAGAAUUGCAGUCUGAGAGUCAAGGAGAAGAACCCUUAACACUGUUUGUUCCAUUAAUCCUUGAGUCUCCGGCAAAACCUUCAGAAGAUGCUGUAUUAGAGAAGGUUUUAAAUGCAAAUGAUUCAGAAGUCCUGGCUGAAGAAAGUACAUCAGUAGAGAAGGAGGGCACUGGAGAAGAGCCAGAAUCUGAAAAGACGACCACUGAAAAUGCAGCUGCUUUGGCAUCGAAGGAAGAGCCAUCUGACAAUGGCCUGCCCAACUCUAUGGUAAUGGAAGCAGGGGAAGAAUCUGUUUCUGAAAACAUGUCGCCCAAAACAGCUUCCUCAUUGGAAGAUCAAAAUGAGGAAGCAGGGCACAAUUUACAAGAGGCUCCUGUUGCCUUGAGUCAGAGCUCUUUGAUAGUGGUUGAACUUGAGGGUGUUUCUUUUCAGCAGCCUUCUGGACAGGAAGGACCGAAGAACCAGUUGGAAGAGCACUCAGACUCUGCUGAGCAGAUGGAUCAGUACCCACAGACAGCAGUGGAGCGGGCUGCUGACAGCAGCUCUGAGGAAGCAGAAAUUGAGGUACCCAUUGUAGACAGGAGAAACUUGCGAAGAAAGGCCAAAGGCUGCAAAGGUCCACCCAAGAAAAAAGGAAAGCCAGCUUAA